UCAUAUUUAAGUAAUAUUUAUCAAAUUCACAAUUGAUUAAAAGUGAUAAAAAUUAUCACAAGAUAAUUUUUUAAACAUCAUCGACCGUGAAAAUGUUAAAACAUGUCUCGAAGACUCAACAACGGCUACUGCAUCCCUUUGAUUGGGCUAGGAAUCCACAAACUUGUUCACGCUGAGGAAAUCCGCCAAGUGGUCAAACUGGCAAUCGACGCCGGUUAUCGCCACUUUGACUGUGCCUGGAUUUACGGAACUGAAGCCGCAGUUGCCAAAGCAAUCCACGAAAAAAUCAAAGAAGGUGUAAUCACACGUGAAGACGUCUACAUAACCACCAAAGUUUGGAAUAACUACCACCAGCGCAAGGAUGUGGUGGAGAAACUGCGUGAGUCGUUGCAGGAAAUGAAACUUUGUUACGUCGAUCUGUAUCUGAUUCAUUGGCCGCUUGGGUUUAAGGUCAGUGCGAAUUCUUUGCCCCUGAAUGAAGGGCACAGUGCGUACAGUGACGUCGAUUACGUGGAAACCUGGCGCGGAAUGGAAGAUUGUGUCUACCUGGGUUACACAAGAAGCAUCGGUUUGGCAAACUUUAACAGUGAACAAAUUAACAGAAUCCUCAAAAACGCCAAUAUCAUACCAACAGUGAACCACAUCGAAGUCCACCCGCGUCUCAACCAGAAGAAAAUGAUCCAGUUUUGCGCCCAACGCAACAUUUUAGUUACAGGAUACUGUCCUUUAGGGAUUAACGAAAUGAGUGGCGUCCCGAAUUUCCCAGAACCUACGAUUUGUGACGAGAAAAUUGACGAAAUUGCACGCAAGCACCACAAAACCGCUGCUCAAGUCGUUCUAAAUUAUUUGAUUUCGUUAGGUAUUUGUGUGGUCACGCGUUGCAGUAACCAGUUCAGAAUUAGGGAACAUAUUGACAUUUUUGACUUUCAACUAGACCCCCAAGAUGUGGAAUAUUUGGAUUCGUGCAACCGGAAUCAGAGGAUUUGCGCAUUUUCGGCUUUCGUCGACCACAAAUAUUACCCGUUUCGCUUGGAGUUUUAAAUAAAUUAUUUAUGCAAUUUUGACCAUGACUUUUCUUUGAUAACAAAUGAUACAUUGGAUUUAUUUUUGAAUUAAUUAAAAUAAUUUCGACUAUU